UACGUGUAUGUUUAUACAGAAGAACUGCGAACAAGUAUGUAUAUUCAAAUUUAAACAAUGCUCUAUUCGCCUCGAACUUCAUGUGGAAUGUUGUCACUGCGUACAUGGUUCGUGCUUGUAUUAGGUAUCACGGCUCUUGUCGACGCAAAUGUCAUUCACACACGAGACACGUGCGAGUACAAUGGCAGCAAGUGUCCAGUGUACACUGUCCUUUCUCAGGGAGAGGGAUACGAACAUCGUGAAUACGAACCAGCAUCAUGGAUUGGCACCAAUGAAACCGUGAGAGAGUACACGCGCAAUGUGAGUCGUAUGAUGUACUUCCGCUUGAGAAACUACAUUGAACAUCGGACAUUGGGUAUGGGUGUGCCAGUGCUGACGGAGCGUGGGAACCCAAACAUAAAUGGGUCCACCACAUACACUAAGUACUUUUACCUGGAAGACCAGAAUUCGCUUGAACAUGGGUCUGAGAACGGCGUGUUCAGAUAUUACAGUGCAAGAAUGCGGGUAUUCGUUAGAACUUACGGCGGAAAGCCGACUUACCAGCAGAAGGAAGAUGAACUUAUGAAGCUUAAAGCUAGCAUUGCGGAUAGCUCACUUUACAAUCACGAAAAGGCUUAUUUUGCCGGAUUUAACCCCCCAUGGGUAAUGAACAACAGACGGAACGAGGUAUGGAUCGAGAGUAUCGUGUAGGCGUUAUCAACUACCGUUUCAUAUAUAUGACUUCACCAACUAACUUUCGUAAAUAGCAGCAGCUUAUAAGACUUGCUGAAAUACGUCUACUGGAAAAAGUGCUAACGUCUUAAUGUCUUCAAGGCAUGAUUAGAUUAUGGCUGUCGUAUCUUAACCAAAUGAUAUACAAGUGAAGGUAAUUGGCCGUGGACAAAGCCUACAGAAUUAGAUUAAACGUCAGAGAACCGAAUAGGUGGAUGUCCGAUACACAAAUAAUCUUACUUAUUUUAAUAAAAUGAUUUUCAUUGAA